CGACGGUCAUCAUGGCGGCACCCAUGCUAAAGUGGAAGCGGAUCGCGAAUCCGACCGGGCCCCAGCCGCGACCCAGGCAUGGCCACCGGGCGGUCGCCAUUAAGGAUCUCAUGGUCGUUUUCGGCGGCGGGAAUGAGGGUAUUGUCGAUGAAUUACACGUAUACAAUACGGCAACAAAUCAGUGGUUUGUGCCUUCGACGAAGGGAGACAUUCCUCCAGGUUGUGCAGCAUAUGGUUUUGUUGUUGAUGGCACUCGCAUCUUUGUCUUUGGUGGAAUGGUAGAAUAUGGCAAAUAUUCUAACGAGUUGUAUGAACUACAAGCGAGUCGAUGGGAGUGGAAACGUUUGAAACCAAAGCCUCCUAAGCAUGAACCACCACCAUGUCCACGAUUAGGACAUAGUUUUACCCUCAUUGGUAAUAGGGUCUUCCUUUUUGGAGGUCUGGCGAAUGACAGUGAUGAUCCGAAAAAUAAUAUACCGAGAUAUUUGAAUGAUCUAUACACGCUCGAACUUCUUCCUAAUGGCCAUACAGCCUGGGAUGUGCCACAAACGCAUGGACACGCGCCACCUCCUAGAGAAUCCCAUACUGGAGUGGCAUAUACUGAUCGUACCACGGGCAAGUCUUGUCUAGUGAUUUAUGGUGGUAUGAGCGGUUGCCGUUUAGGUGACUUAUGGUUCCUCGAUGUUGAUUCGAUGACUUGGAACAAGCCAGUGGUUCAUGGACCUACCCCUUUACCACGGUCACUCCAUACUGCCACUUUAAUCGGUCAUCGAAUGUAUGUAUUUGGGGGUUGGGUGCCAUUGGUCGUCGACGACGUUAAAGUCGCAACACAUGAGAAAGAGUGGAAGUGCACUAGCACGCUAGCAUGCUUGAAUCUAGAAACUCUCACUUGGGAACAACUGACCGUUGAUUCCUUGGAGGAGAAUGUUCCUCGUGCUCGUGCUGGUCAUUGUGCAGUUGGUGUACACAGUAGACUUUAUGUAUGGUCUGGUAGAGAUGGUUACCGCAAAGCUUGGAAUAAUCAGGUUUGUUGUAAAGAUUUGUGGUAUCUUGAAGUCAGUAAACCAGCGGCACCUUCCAGAGUUCAGCUGAUUAGGGCUUCCACGCAGUCGUUGGAAGUCAGCUGGACAGCAAGCCCGUCCGCGCAAUACUAUAUUUUACAAAUACAAAAGUAUGACAUGCCUCCAGUAGCGGCAACUGGUAGUGCCUACCCAUUGGUAAGCGCACCGACGCCGACUGCGCCUAUCAUCAGCACUCCUGUUGCGACAACAACCUCUGCAAUGGUAGCAACUCCUACAACUAUACCUGUCACAUCUCCGCCUGUGACUACUAUUGCCGUUCUUCCAUCGACUACACCACCUGUUGCUGCCGUCGUGUUGCGACAGGUAGCAACGGCAGUAGCGACUCCAUUACGAAUUCAAAGUGCAAGUCCUGUGCAAAAACCAGUAUCAUCGCAAGCAGUGCAAAAGUCGAUAAGUCCUAUGACCCCGAGAGUCGCAACCGGUAACGUCAUACGUAUUCGGUCUCCUCUGGUCACUUCCUCAGCAGCAGUGGCUACAGCAGCAGUAGCAGUCGUUACUACUGAGCAGCAACAAACAACUGUUACUACUAUCACUACUACGACUACAACUACGGCUGGUCAAACGCCCGCUGCCAUGUCUGGAAUCGCUGCUUUGGCCGCAGCCGCAGCAGCCACUCCAAAAAUUACUAUGAACAAUGUUUCAAUCGUGCCACAAACUGCAGUUGCGACUGCGACUGCAUCCAACACCAUCAGAAUGAAAAAUGUACAACCGGGUCAGCAAAUACGUUUCGCUGCACCUGGUGCGACAGUGUUACGCACUGCUUCACCACAGCAGAGCAAACAGAUCAUACUGCAAAAGCCCGGCCAAAAUAUAGCUGGUCAGCCACAGAUUGUACAUCUUUUGAAAACUGGACAAGGAAUGGUGGUACCUAAGGUAAGUCUGAUCCCAGGCAAAAGUGUUCAAACAACGGGCGCGAAACCUCUUAAUCAGGGACCGACAAUACUGCGAUUGGUAAAUCCUAAUACGGUUGCGGGAUCAAAAAUCCUCACGACUAUGAAAACGUCCAACAUAGUGACGAUGAGUAAAGGACAGAACAUUACUGGCAAGCAAACCAUAAUGAUCACCAAACCGACAGGAAAUAGUGGAUUAGUCGGCAGAACCAACCAAUUUAUCGUUGUUACCACAGGCUCUGGUCUAAGAGCUGUACAAGCUGUAACAACAUCACAAGCUGGUGCAGGACAAGGAGCUACUUCUGUAGCUACUCCCGUAAAUGUUUUGCCAUUAUCAGCUACCAAUCAUGUCACGAAUCAACAAGGUGUCAAAAUGAUUGUUGUUUCCUCUGGUGCAAUGGGCGGUGGAACGGCUGGGAAACCUUUAACAAUCACAGUCCCAGGACAAGGCGGUGUACCAAAAACAGUGACUAUUGCUGCGAAGACCGGUGCGCAAACCAUUUUUAAUACUAGCAAGAAUCAACUCGUUACAGUACCACAAAUACAAAAGGCACCUGAAGCCGUAGCUGUAUCUGGAAAACCAGUGACUUUGCAAAUGCCUGCAGGUAUAAGCGCAAAGACGGUUACGCUUUUACCAACAAGUAGCAGCUCCAUAGUAACUACUAGCGCGUCAGAUUCAAUAGACGCUAGCAAAAUGCUGUUUGUUUCAUCGCAAAAACAACCAUCGGCCUCCCUUGCAUCUACUUCUGAUGGCCCCGCUACUACUGAUGCUGCAUUAGCUGCAUUAGCGGCAGAAGCUGGUCUGAUAGAUCCGGUUCAGGAAUCAUCUGGUGGUUUAUCAUUCAUGGUAACUACGGAUGAUGGUGCCGGUGGUGAUGAUAAAAUGGAGGAUAGCUGUAAUGGCAACGAAGCGACCACAGCGGCUGCUUUAGUUUCUCAGAUGGGUGCAGGAGAACCAAUGCAAGUCGACGGUGACGGAAACUUUGUGCUUCCGCAAGUAGAUGGUCCGAUAGACGAUCUCUUAUUAGAAGAUGAAGACAAGAUGGAUGUAGAUGAAGAACCUGCUGCGGAAAAUGUUACCGAAUCUAACGCUGAAUUGGCAGAAGUAACAGAACAAAAUGUUGAUGUAUCCGAAAAUAUUCAAACAGAGGGAUCAACUGUAAAAGAAGUUGCCGAGGCUGGAGAAAAGAAUGAAGCGACAACAGCCGAUCUUCCUGAAUCGAUUACCACUAAUGAAACCGAGAAAGCUAAAGAUGUUAAUAAUUCAUCAGUAGAUGAUAAAGCAGCUAUGGAAAUUAAUGCUGAUGAUUCAGAGUUACCAAGUGAAAAAGAGGAGAUAAAGGAUUCUCAGUCAGUAAUCGAUGAUGAAAAAGUAAUAAAAUCCGAAUUGCCUUUAGUACAAUCAGCCAUUGAGGCUUCAUCCGAACAGACUUCUCUAACGGACGUUGUAAAUCCGAUAACGGAAAUCGAUGAAACUCAGCAAGAUGAGGAUAACCUGGUGAAAGACAUUAAGUGUGAAUCGUUGUCUGAAAACGAAAAAUCGCUAAUAUCUGAAAAUCUUACCGAAGACACGGAUGCAUCGCAUCAACCCCAAGACAAUACUCAAAAAAUUGAGAUAAAAGAUGAAAUUGAAGACUUGGAAUCUGAUCUUCCAACCGAGAGUUCUCUUAUAAAAUCAAACGAAGAUGAUGAACCGAUGAUUACUGAUAAUAGUACAUCGAUUGCGACAGAUAAUGUAAUAACUCCCGUUAUUAUACCAACCAUUCAAAUGAAAUCAGAGCCAGAAGAUGAAUUUAUAAAACACGAACAAGCUAUAUUGCCCGAUUUGCCCAUAUCACCGAUCAAUGGUGUCGCUGCACCUGUCGAGAAAGAAAUGGAAAAAGUACAUACUCCCAUGAAAAUGGAGAUAAAGGAUGAUUUUGUCAUUUCAAAGAAAGAAAAUCUUCAAAGAGAGAAACAAGAAAAGAUUAAUGACGCUAGAUCAGAAACAGGAGAUGAUUCAACAGCUUUGACAACAUUAGCUACUGCUGCUUUGGGAUCGGCUGAACCAACGAUGAAAAUAAAAAAUGAACAGAGCGAAGAAGAAAAGAAAGAGGCAGAAUGGUAUGAUGUGGGAGUGAUAAAAGGAACUAGUUUUACUGUUCAGCAUUAUUAUCUUCCUGGUGAUGAACCAUUAGAUGUAACACAAAAUUUGACAAUGGAUGUUUUUAAAGGAAGAACUAAAAUAGCAGUAGAACCAGGAACUGCCUAUAAGUUUAGAGUUGCCGCUGUGAAUAGUUGUGGACGAAGUGCUUGGAGCGAGGUAGCGGCAUUCAAGACGUGUCUUCCGGGAUUCCCGGGCGCACCGAGUGCUAUAAAGAUAUCAAAAUCCAUAGACGGUGCACAAAUCUCUUGGGAACCACCUUCUAGUAACGUUGGGCCCAUUCUCGAAUAUUCCGUCUAUUUGGCAGUGCGAAGUACCGCGUUGAACAAUGACGGAGAACCAAAAACAAUUGUGUCGAAUCCAAAUCAGUUAGCUUUUAUUAGAGUUUAUUGCGGUUCGAGUAAUUUUUGUUCGGUGAACAAUAGUGCCCUUAAUGCCGCUCACGUGGACACCACUACGAAACCGGCCAUAAUUUUUAGAAUAGCAGCACGGAACGACAAAGGAUACGGACCAGCCACUCAAGUCAGGUGGUUGCAAGAUCCAACCACUGCAGUGAAAAAUAAUUCGCAAGCGAAGAGACCCGCUAGCACAGAUCUACGCUCGCAAGUGACUUCUCCACAGAAGAAAAUGAAAACAGAACCACCUAGUGAUAAUUUCUCGUGAGCCUGUUAUCUCCCUGGCCUCGUACAGCCGAAACUCCCAUAAGCAACGCUACUCAUUAUUUAAUUUCUAUAUGCCUAACAACGAUAAUGAAAUCAAUGUAUUAUCAGCUAAAUGACGUGAUAUACAAGUAAGCGAAAGAUAUGAACAUGUGAUAAGAAACGACAAGAAAACGAUGGAACGAAGAAGAGAAAGAAAGAAAAAAAAAA